UUCUCGAGAGAGACUGUUCCCAACUUGUGAUUCUCGCUCUCCCUCUUUCUCUUUGCUCCGAAAUCUCUAGGGCUUCAAUUCCAUCCGCGGUUGAGGAGUUCUCAAUGGAGAUCUGACAAGAGUGCGUCUGUCAAAUGGUAGACCUGAUCUAAGAUGGUUUUCAAGAACAAGAUAAAAUUGGCGGCGUUUGUGGGCAUUGCCUUGUCUGUGGCGUCUUUGCUGGUUCACCUUCUUCUUGCGGAUUACUCCACUGGGGAUUUGAUAAGGCAUAAAGUGGAUGAUUUCUAUGCUGUUGGACCGAAAUUUCGCAAUCAGAAUUUAUGGGGUCCUGUGAAAUCCUUGGACACCUUACAACCCUUUGCAACUCCUAGAAACUCAUAUCCAGGUCCUAAUGGUGAGAAUGGAUUCAUAUAUGCAAAGAUCUUUGGUGGAUUUGAUUCGAUUAGAUCAGCGAUCUGUGAUCUUGUCACCAUAGCCAGACUGUUAAACGCCACUUUAGUUAUUCCAGAGAUUCAACAAAGCCUUCGAUCGAAAAGCAUCAGCACGAAGUUUAAGAGCUUUUCUUAUAUUUACAAUGAGGAACAGUUUAUAGCAGCUCUGUCAAAUGAUGUUGUUGUUGUGAAGAGCCUACCAGAUGACUUAAAGGAUGCCAGAAAGCAGAAUAAGCUUCCUGUUGUUUCACCUAGAUAUUCAACUGCAACUAGUUACUAUAUUGGAAAAAUUCUACCACGUCUGAAGGAAUCAAAAGCUGUUGGACUAAUGAUUUCUUAUGGUGGAUGUCUUGAGUCCAUCCUUCCACCAAACAUGGCUGAAUACCAGAGACUUAGAUGCAGGGUUGCAUUUCAUGCUCUUCAGUUUCGCCCAGAGAUUCUUGCACUAGGAAACCGAAUGGUGGAAAGAUUACGAGGUUCUGGUCGACCAUAUAUGGUAUUUCACCCUGGUCUUGUGAGAGACACUCUAGCAUUUCGUGGAUGUGCAGAACUUUUCCAAGAUGUACAUACUGAACUUAUUCAAUACAGAAGGAGUAAGAUGAUAGAGCAUAAUUUUCUCCAUGAAAAUCUAAACGUUGAUUCAAUGGCUCGAAAGCGAAAUGGAUCAUGCCCUAUCAUGCCUGAGGAGGUGGGACUUAUCCUUCGCGCAAUGGGUUACCACCCAAAUACAAUAAUCUAUUUGGCGGGAUCUGAGAUAUUUGGUGGGCAAAGGGUUCUCAUCCCUUUACGUGCCAUGUACCUGAACUUAGUGGAUCGCACUUCUCUGUGCAGCAAAAAAGAGUUGACUGAUUUGCUUGGGCCUGAAACUAGUCUCCCUUUAGAUUUGCCUCAGUCUCCGCCAGAGAAAAGCAAAAAACAACUGAUUAAGGAGUGGAAUAAAGCUGGUCCACGUCCUAGACCUCUUCCUCCACCUCCCGCUCGCCCUUUUUACAGGCAUGAGAAAGAAGGUUGGUAUGGAUGGGUAGCUGAAACUGACACAGAACCUGAACCUUCUCGCAUGGAUCUGAGGCUGCAAGCACAUAGGUUGAUCUGGGAUGCUCUUGAUUAUCUUGUUUCCGUUGAAGCUGAUGCUUUUAUUCCUGGGUUUCACAAUGAUGGAAGCGGAUGGCCUGAUUUCUCAAGCUUAGUCAUGGGGCAUCGGUUAUACCAAAUGGCUUAUGCAACGACAUAUCGCCCUGACAGAAAAACAAUUGCAGAGCUCUUUGAAAGUAUCCGCGACCAUCUCUAUCAUCCAAAGCGCAAUUGGACAGCCACUGUUCGAGAACAUCUUAACAAUAGUUUGGGAGUCGAAGGUCUCACAGCAGCAGCUAAGAUGUUAAAACCAAGGUCUUUCAUCUCACACCCCUUGCCAGAGUGUUCUUGCAGAUUAUCAAAGCCCAAAAACAUUAUCCGAGAUACUACAAAGGGCGGAGACGGGGAAUUGUUGUAUGGAGGUGAGCCCAUUUGCCCUGAUUGGCUGGUGAACGGGAUGGUUUCUCUCAAACCUCCAACUCCCAGUCAAAAAGACGAUGUCCCCGAGGAUAAUGAGUUGCCCGAAGACGAUCCUGUUCCGGAGGGGCCACCAGAAUCCGACUCUGGAAGCAGAAAUGAGGUAUCAUCGAGAUCAUCAGAGCAAGAUGAAGAGAUGGAUCCUGAUGACUAAAUUCCACUAUCAGAAAGAGCAAGACCAUAUAUCUUUUGCAUUGACACUUGUAGGGAAGAAAAAGACCCGAAAUGAAGUAUUCACCGUCGUACUGAAAAUGUAAAGCCGGAAAGGACGGCAAAGAUCGACGACACUCGCAUUCUUCCCGUAUAGCGGUGAUUCUUCAGUUUAUGAACUGGAGAAGGAUGGUAACAGCCUCAGUGUUCUUUUUUCCCCAAGAAUGCCUCUACUAAUCGAUUGCCCGACUUCGAUCUGUAAAUGGGAAAACUGUAUUUUUGGGACAUGCUGUUACAUUUUCGAUUUGUUGAAAUUUUGACUACUGAUUGCAAAUUUGUUUGUUGGUGUAGAAAUAAUCACUGCUGAUUGGAGAAGAGGGAUGAAAAAAAAAAGAUGUGGUUUUUAGGGAUUAUUGUUGGCAGUGCUGGACUGCUUGAGAUUUCUAUAAUUAUUUUUUUACUGCUUCAGCAAAGCUUGGGCAUAUAAAAACAGGUACUUUGUUGAGUUUGAUC